UCGGUAAGACUACAGCGAUGUGGAUGGAUCAUGAGGUCAUCUUUGGUUUAGAUUUUUAAUGAAAAAGACUGGAAUUAGGAAGUUAAUGCUAAAUAUCGACCUUUUGAGCAACAUUUUGCCGUAUUUUAGCAAUGCGAGUGAAUGCUGUGUCCUGAUGCUGAGGUUAUGCAAAACUACUUAUGAUAACCUUAUUGGAUACAAACAAGCCCUGAUACUUGAUAUCUUUAAGGAUUGUAAGAAGGAUAUGAUGAUAUGAGAAUUGACAGAGGAGAAAAUUAAUAAACUUGUUUGAACAGAGGAAUCGAAGUUUCAAAUUUCGGACAAUUCCUACUGCAUUUACAACCUUGGACUAAAAUGAAUGGAUGAAAGUAGCUAUUCAUUAUGCUUGAAACUUCUCAACAAAAUCGAAGAUCAGAAGCACCCUUUAAGAUACUCUAUAAGCACAAUAGAUGUUGGGAAUAUUACUCAGAAUAUCGAGCUUUACAAGCAAUUAUGUGACAAAGUGGUCUCGCUAGGUCUUGAGCUAAAAAUUAUCAGAACUUAUGUAACUGACCUCAGCCCUGAGAUCCCAUAUCUUUCCAUUUGCUACCUUGAUCAGACAACUCCAUUAGAUUCGGAAGCAAAGGUCGGCUCUCUUGCCCUGGAUGCUGAAUCUGGCAUCGUGUUUGUGAAAACAGCAUGCAGAUAUCUGAACACAUGCAAGAUCUCUUGAGAGACUCUCAGGAUCCAGGAUGAGUAUUUUAUUGAAAUGUACAGCAAAAGGAAGGACUACUCCAAACACAUACGAGAGAGCACUCAAGCUCUUAGGAUUGUCAUCAAAGCCUCUGAAAAUUAUGAAGAAAUCAUAAAGAGCCUAAACUGGAGCAUUAAGACUCAAUUUCCUAAUGUCAGAGAAAUUUGCUUCCAAUACGAAGAAAAUCAGCUAAAGGACUUCAAGAUUUUAAGAGAAGUCUUGCUCUUGAAAAAGCAAUUUGGGGAGAUCUUCAUUAAUGAAGAAGAAAACUUGAAUGGAGACUACCUUCAAGCUCAUUACACUCCUGUGUUUUUCAAGUAUGAUAAUGAAUGGAUAUCUUGUUAUGUCAAAACACUCAAAGUUAAUUAUGACUGCUGCAAAAAUCUCUAUGAUAUCAACGAUACUAACAUUGCCUUAUGUGGUAUCACAGAGUUUCAACUAGAAGGUAUGCUCUCUACUCCAAAAUUAGAGCUUGAGGAUGACCUUCCUACCGAACUUCUAAAGUUCUUAGAUGCUGAGAAAGAUCUGAUUAUCAUUCCUAAAAAGAAGGUGUUUAUCAACAGAAAUGAAAAUUUUACACCUGAGUUUGCGCAUAAAUUUGAUUUCAGCACAACAAAUCUGUUCUACAUCAACGAAAUCUCUUAUGAAAGAGUCGAGGAGGUCAUUGAGAAGAGGUCUCCAGCCCAGCUAAUGGAUAUAGACCUUGAGAACUCAGACUACGAAGUCACCAAGGAAUUUCUUGACAUGUGUUUUAAGGGAAAAUCCAGAUACUUAACCUUCCAAAAUUCAAAAAUGGACGAUUCUUCUUUUGUCCAUCUUCUCGAUUGGCUGAUGCAAGAUAAGAUCUUGGACUAUCUCGAAUUCCACGGCCUGGACCUAGCUAGGCUUGAAGAGCUACUCAAUACUCUCAAAGGGCGCCCUUGCAUGCUAAGAUUGGUCCUUUUCUUCUCCAAAGAAAUGUACGGUCAGGAAGAAAGCUUGUCAAAAAUCAAGGACUUAGUAAAAUCCUACAGAGAGACAAGACCAUUUGUAUAUGUGACUGUAGAUUCAGAAUAGGAAGAUUUCAACAUCAA